CCCAGAGUGGGGGGAGGGGGGGAGUGACAGGGUUCUACAGAGAAAAGUUUUCACUGCAACCGAACUGCUGUUUUCGUGACCACGCCCCCAGCGCGGAUAUUCAUGUUCACAUUGUUCAGUUUGUUUUUCUCUUUUAUUUUAGAUUUCUGUUAUCUGACUCUGGAUCCCAACACGGCACAUCGUCGCCUCAUUCUGUCUGAGAAGAACAGAGCGGUGAGAGGCAGUGAGAGAGAGCAGCGUUACUCUGAUCAUCCAGAGAGAUUUGAUUACUGGUGGCAGGUGUUGUGUAAGGAGAGUGUGUGUGGACGCUGUUACUGGGAGGUGGAGCGGAGCGGUGCUGGUGUGUCCAUAUCAGUCUCAUAUAAAGACAUCAGCAGGAAAGGACGGGGUGAUGAGUGUCUGUUUGGACUCAACAAUCAGUCCUGGAGUCUGCGGUGUUCUUCUUCUCUCUCUUUCUAUCACAACAGCAUUAAGACUGAUCUCAGAGUUCCAUCAGCCUCCAGAAUAGGAGUGUAUGUGGAUCACAGUGCAGGAACUCUGUCCUUCUACAGCGUCUCUGACACGAUGAAGCUCCUCCACAGAGUCCACACCACAUUCACUCAGACUCUAUACGCUGGGUUUGGGGUUGACUUGGAUUCUCCAGUGAGAUUGUGUGAUCCAGAAUAAGUGUGUAGUGUUUUCUGUAAAAUUCCUGCAUGUUGCCACGUUGUUGCUCAGUCGUCUGUUUCACUAGAACACAAUCCAGCUACACAAAAACACUCAUUUUAAUAUUUAAAUUCAAACAGAUGAAUAAUUUAAAAUAAUUCAAAAGGAAAUGUUAAAAAUUAACUGUCAGACAAGAAACUCGUCAAAUUUAAAAAGAAAAUGAUCUCAUGACCUUCGCAUUAUAAAGUUGUGUUUGUUUCAUAUUAAGCAGCGUCUCAUUAAAUAACUAAUAAACAGUAAUAAAGCCAGAACAGAACAACAUUUUAAACCUGUUCAGGUCACACUAUAUAAAAAUAAAACAUCACUUUUGGAAUGAAUUUGAUUUUUCUGCUUGUGUUCUAAGAUGUAAAAUCCACAUUCACUUUUUCAAAUCUGAAGUUGUUUCUAAACCCUGAGAUUUGAUUGUAAAACAUUGAACAAUAUUUAAACUCCAUUAGAACAUCCAGUACAUGAUCGGUUCAGGCUGCCGAUGUCGUGUUCAUCCCAUAUUCAGCCUGGAUGAUGAUUGGCCCGCAGAUAGAACCUUAUAAAUCCAGCUUUAUCUGUGAGUUUGGGAUUUUUAUUCAAAUAUUACAAUCAAAGCUUUGCAGAAUAAAAGAUAAGAGCACAGGAGAAUAAAGUUUCCCCCAGUGAUGGAGUUUCUGUGCUGAACUCAUUGUCAGACAGAAGCAAAUUCAACCUUUUCCUGAGAGUUUCAGCAGCUGGAUAAAUAUUGUUCAGUAUUUUAAACUGAAUUUCUUUCACUGUGGGUGAAAUUGGCCAUCUAAGAAAACUACAGUGUGUAUUUGUUAGCGUUCCUCCAUCGUCAGUUAUUCUUUUUUUUUUUUUUAAAUCAGGGAAUAGCUUCCAUUUUAAAAUAUUUCUAAUUCCUUUAUUAGAUUUUUCACCAAUUUCCAAUUCACCGAUUUUCAAUUCAGGCAGUUUGACCGACACCUUUGAAUAUUCAACGGUAUUUUUUAUCGUGAACCUUAAGGGAGGUGGAAUAGCUCUACAAAUUUGAUUAAAUUCUCUUUAGACACAUUUUAAAUGAAACUUUUUUACAAACGAAUUAAAUUGCAUUAAAUGUCCAUUUUCAUCCAUUAGACCAGUAAUAUCUAAAACUUUAUCAUUCCAUUCUUGUUGAAAUAAAGUCUUCCUAUUAAUAGUAAUGGUUCUAUUAUUCCACAAGGUUAAGUACGCCCGCAUUUGUGGACAUAAUUUUGGUGAAAUUGGGCAGCCUUGUCUGAUUCCACGUAAAAUCUUAAAUUUUGGUGCCAUUCCAGGGUUACGGGAGAUAUAACUAUAAAUAUAAUUGUGAAAUAUUUUAAUAACCUUGCAUAGCCCUUUUCCAAAUCCAAGAUUUGAGUUUUAUAAACAUAAAAUUGUGCUCCACAGUGUUGAAUGCUUUGAAAAAGUCUAGAAAUAAAACGAGACUGAUUGAAUAAUUGAUUGGUAAUCAAUCAUAUCCAGAAUCAGUCGGACGUGGUUUUGAAUAUAUUUUCCCUUCAUGAAGGCUGAUUGAUAUUCGUCGACAAGUUUUACAAGUACACGCUUUAAACGAUUAGCAGAUACUAAGGCAAGUAAUUUAUAAUCAUUGUAUAGUAAGGUUAUAGGUCUCCAGUUGUCAACCAACAAGUCUUUUUUGGGUUUUGGUAGCAAGGUUAUUAAGCCUGUCUUCAUCGUUGGGGAUAAACAUCCUUUGUGAAUGCAUUCUAAAAAUGCUCUAUAUAAUAUAUUUUUUUAAUAUCCACCCAAAAGUAUUUUAAAAAUUCAGAUGUUAAGCCAUCGAUUCCUGGUGAUUUACCAUUUUUCAUUUGUUUUAAUGCAAUUUCAAUUCCUGUUAUAGUUCAUUCCUCAUCAAGUGUAUGUUUGUCUUCAUCCAGUUUUUUGAGGUCAUCAUUGAUGGGAUAAAAUAAGACGUCACAUUCUGAUUUAAAUUUAAGUUACAAUAAACAAGCCAAAUUUCAUCCCGUACUCAUUUCUGAUCUAUUAUAUUAUCAUUGGUCAUAAGCUUACUCAUUUUUUCUGAGUUUGUCUGUUUUUCAAGUCUGAAGAAAUACGAUGAACUUUUUUCACCCUGUUCGAUCCAUCCAGCUCUUGAUCGAGUGGAAGCUCCAUUUGCCUUUAUUGUUUACAUUUCGUCUAGUUGAGACUGCAGUGACUAAUUCUUAAAUGUUUUCUAAGGAUAGUUGUGUGUUAUUUACUAAUGUAUUAAUUUUAUCAAACAGAUCCUUUUGUUCUUGUUUCCUUAUCCGUGAAAGUUUUUUUUACCCAUGCCAAUUGCUAUUUUGACCUCAUUUUGGAGGUUGAAGAGACUUAACCUGAUCACAAAAUUCACCAUUCUGUAAUAAGUUAUUAAAUUUCCCAGAUAUGAGGAACACUAAAAAACCUAAUUUUACAGUAUGACUAAUUUACAGCAGUUUUCCUGUUCUUUAAAAAUAAUGUACAAA